GUUUUGUAAUAUUCCCUGUUGACAUGAGCGGGGAACAAUCACCAUUGAUGAUCAACUCUUUUCCAUGGUUUUCAUUUUGCUAAAAAAAGUUCACGGUGAUCCAGUGGAUUUGUCUCCAGUCACUGGGCCCUGCAUAAACCAAUGGAGCCCAGUUCCCCCCACGGUGGCCCGUCAAAUUAAAUUUUCAAGCCCAGGGACCAACUCUCCUUGUUGCCUUAAUCUCUGUGGAGGGGUGGGAUGAAGCAAUGGAUUCUUCGCCCACUAUCGUCCGUUAGCUGGGUCAGGAGUGUCGACUUUUAAACUCGAAUGAAUCCACUUUUUUGUCAAUUUCUCCGCCCUCUGUCUUGUCCUUUUUGGUUCCUGAUAUUUUCUCCAGUUUUUGCUUCCUUUCUUUUCGGCCCUUCGUCGCUGUGAAUAAUUCUUUUGUAUCCUGAAAACUUUCCCAAAUCUCCAAAUGUGCAACAGCACAUUUACUGACGUCCUUGCUCCUUGUUCGAAUUAAUUCCUAUUGCAUGGAUGGAGGCUAUGCCGAUCACUUUUAUUCUUGAUCCUAAACCUUGUCUUAUCGUGUUUAAUAUAUAAUUCCUUGACACCCCACCAUAGCUAAUGGCGCGGAGGAUAUUGUCCCGCAAAACCACGAAUGUCCUGGUAUUUAUCCUGCUAGUGGUGAUUGUGGCUUCGGUGCUCAAGAUCAGUGUGCCUGAUACUUCCCUAGACCCGGCGACGCUCUACCACCAUGCCACCGGCCAGGAUAAGAACGAGCCGGACUAUUGGGAAUGGGAAACUACUACACGAUUCACUCCCCUGAAGAAUCAGUUCACCGCGAGUCCCGGCGCUGAUGACGAGCACCUUUGUGACUCUUUCCCCACCUAUGUGUUGUCACGUAUCCAAGUUGUGCUGAAGAUCGGGGCGUCCGAGCCCGCCGAUCGCGUGGACGCUCAGAUCUCGACCGUCACCCGUUGUAUUCCGAACCUGCUCAUCGUCUCCGAUCGCGAAAGCGAGCUACAUGGUCAUCGCGUGCACGACAUCCUUGCGACGCUUCCCGAAUCGUUUCGCCUCAAUGUGACGGACCUCGAACCCUACGUAGCCCUGAGGCAAGGCGAUGAGAAAGCGGUGGGGAGCGACGAGGGCUGGCACCUGGAUCGCUUCAAGUUCUUGCCCAUGAUCGAACGCGCCCAUGAGGUGAACCCGACCGCGCAGUGGUACAUUUUCCUAGAAUCCGAUACCUACUAUGUGUGGGACAAUCUCUUCCGCCUUCUCGAUCAGUACGAUCCGUCCGAGCCUUUGUAUUUUGGUUCGCCAUCACCCGGACGGGAAAUCGCUCAGGGCAAGCCGAUGUAUUUUGCGUACGGUGGCGCGGGGUUUGUUCUCUCUGGUGGCGCGAUGCAGAAGAUGGUACAUAGACAUCACGGAUCAAUGGGUGAAUACGUUCAGCCAUCUCUGAGCUUACAGUUUGAGGAUAUAGUGAAAGGCGACUGUUGUGGGGAUUCCGUGCUCGGCUGGGCGUUGUACCAGAAAGGCGUCAAAUUGUCGGGCCUAUGGCCCAUGUUCAAUCCACAUCCGCUGCAUAGCAUUCCAUUUGACCAUGCGUAUUGGUGCCAGCCGGUAAUUAGCAUGCAUAAAACUAUGCUAUCGGAUAUGAAGGGGUUGAUCGAGUGGGAAAAUCGACGCGAUCGCAAGAAACCUUUAUUGUACGCGGAUUUGUUUGAGUACACGCGCAUGGGGACUUUCGAAAGCAAAGCAGACUGGGACAACGGGGACUGGGGUGGUUUCAGAGAACCCGACGAGUCGCCAGCACACGUCUCGAUGGAAGCCUGUCGGAGAGCCUGCCACGAGCACGCUGAAUGUCUAUCGUACACCUACGACCAUUCCGGCCAUUGUAUCUUUGUGCGAACAAUGCGAUUAGGUCAUACUAAGCCGCCCACGCAGGAGGUGCGACUCUCCGCUGGCUGGGAUGUGGAGAAAAUGCAGAAUUGGCGAGCGUCGCAUCGAUGCGAGAAGCCCAUGUGGGUGAAGCCGAGCAUUACGCGCAUCUUCUAGAGCAUUGUACAUUAUUAUUCUGUGUCAGGCGUCUGGGUAUUUUGGGUUUAUAUGCAUUUCAUGAUGUUGUCAUUCAAUGCCAAGCUGUUACGAUAUAGAGAUGAAUUGUUGUCAUUUGCACAGAAUACCAGUUGAUAUUUCUUGCAAUUAUUCUUUAAUUGAUACCUAAGACUUUUGGUGGAGCAC